AUGUUAUAGAGAUUGUCUACAAUAAUAAGAAGACCAAUGUUCUGGCAUGGCACACAUCAUCAUGAUAGUAAUGAUGCUACAAAGAGAUUGUUUGAUACUGUUUCAAGUACAGUAAAAGGCAUUCAAUAAAUAAACUAUGUGGUGGAACAUGAUCCAAAACUAACAGUGGAAGAGAAGGCUAAAAUGAAGCAAUUUUUGAUCUAUAGAUACGAUCCAGCUGACGAAAAUGACUUCCCAAAAUACGUGAGUUACUAUGUGGACUUGAAGAAGAUACCCCCUAUGUAUUUGGAUGCAUUAUUGUACAUCAAAGACAAUUAUGAUUCCUCUCUCUCCCUCCGUCGUUCAUGCAGAGAGGGUAUCUGUGGAUCAUGUUCUAUGAACUGCAAUGGUCUCCAUAAGUUGGCCUGCAUCCAUGCAAUCGACACUGAUUUGACUUAGCCAGCCUACAUCACUCCUCUAGGUCACAUGUUCGUUGUGAAGGACCUUGUGGUUGACAUGACCAACUUCUAUACUCAAUACAAAACCAUCGACCCUUAUCUGAAGAGAAAGACUCCAAAGGAAGGAAAUAAGGAAUACAUCCAAUCAGUAGAAGACAGAAAGUUAUUAGAUGGUCUCUAUGAAUGUGUGUUGUGUGCAUGCUGUUCCACCUCAUGUCCAUCAUACUGGUGGCAUCCAGAUAGAUAUCUCGGUCCAGCUGUCCUUAUGCAAGCCUACAGAUGGAUUGUGGAUUCUAGAGAUGAGUAUACUGAUGAGAGAUUGGAAAAAUUAGCUGAGGAUGUUAAGGUUGAGGACUGCUAAAAUAUCGGAAUGUGUUCUUUUACAUGUCCAAAGGGACUCGAUCCAUAAAGAUCAAUGAAUCACUUAAUGAAAUUGAUUGAAGAAUAUAAAGAAAGAAAGAUUGCAUCAGCCACAUUAUGACAUUAUCAUAACAUAAAUAAAAAUAUCAUAAAAUACUUGUUUG